GAUAGCCGUAUAAAUCCUUGGGUAAAGGUUCAAGGAUAGCCUUUGAAAUCCUUGGGGGAACGGUAGAAGAUAGCCGUUAAAUCUUCAUUGUAAACGGUUCGAGAUAGCCGUGGUGAAAUCUCAGAGUAAAUCCUAUUGGCAAGGGUUGUUUGCCAAACUAGUACGGUGGAUUCGGAAAUCCUUGAGGAGGAGCCUCGAGGCCGUUUGUGCCGAGUAAUGGUGAUUUGCAGGAUUAUCGUCGGAAGAUAAGAGAAAGUUAUCAAUGAACACAAAGGCAAUCAGCAUCCUCCAUUGCUCUCUCGGCCCCGAUGAAUUUGCACGAGUAUGCUCAUGUAAAACAACCAAGGAGGUAUGGGACUUGCUACAAGCUACUCAUGAAGGCGGCGUCUCAACUAAGCAAACAAUAAUUGCCCUUGGGAAUUCCGAAUACGAAUCCUUUAAGAAAGAGUCAAGGGGAGAAGAUGUAUACUUCAAAGUGGUGCAUAUGCAACUUGACUUGAGUGCAUUCUUGUGUAAACUUUUGAAUGCCGAUAGGGAUUCUGCUCUCUUACUUGCCAAGAAGGAACUCAAUAAUAAGAAAUUGCUCAUUAACAUCCCUCCUGAUGACUUUAUGUGGGAUGUUAAGUCCUUUUCAACUAUGCCUGUCUGGGUUAAGCUGUGGAAUGUUCCCAUGAGGUUCUGGUCCUCAAAUGCUCUAUCUCACAUAGGGUCUCAACUGGGUACUCCCAUAUACACUGAUGGCCUCACUCACACAGUGUCUUCCAAGUUGAGUGCUGAAGAUCAGGAAGACAAUGAUGAGCUUAAAUAUCAGAAACCCAAUUACUGCAGAAUGUUGAUAAACAUGGACCUAUCCCUUACACCUCCUACUUCUGUUGAGGUGGAUUUUGUUGGGGGUAGCUAUGUUCAAAAGGUUGAGUAUGAGGACAUUCCUCAAUAUUGUUAUCAUUGUAAGUGUUUUGGCCAUGACCCCUUUAACUGCUCAGUUCUUCAUGAGAUCAACAAGAGAAGAUUCAAUGAAGAACAAAAAGCAAGAGAGAGGGAUAGGGUUGAAACCCUCAAAACCAUAAUGCUUACAGAAGUACAAGCAACAACUGGAAAACAACAACAACCACAGAAGGGAAAGGAAAAUGGGAAAGAUGAUGUGAACAACACUGAUGAAAACAAAGGAAAAGAAAAGGAUAGCUCAGGUGGUGUGGCCCAAAACCCAAAUGAUCCUGGCCCAUCCUUCACUGCCCACAUUGAGGAUGAUGGCUUCAGACAAGUUAGAGGGGUCAAGGGCAAACUUAGAACACACCCUAUCAGGGAUGGAAAGCAGAGAACUGGAUACAACAAAGGGGGAGGUCAGACUAGAGGAUACAGAGGUGAUCUCAGUAGCCCUUGGGCUGUCAUGGGGGAUUUCAAUGCAGUUAUCAGCUCCACUGAAAGAGUGAACUGCCAAACCCAGAGCGUCUACUACAUGACAGAUCUCAGACAGUUCAGAAUCAACAAUGCCCUUAAUGAUGCAAACUCAUCAGGGCUGGAAUUUACUUGGAACAAAGGGGACAAAGAAUCUGUCCAGGUCCUUGCUGAUGCCUUGAAGCACUUUUCCUCUGUCUCAGGCCUCCAUGUCAAUGCACAAAAAUCAAAUAUCUUUCUGGCAGGGCAAAUCAAGGGGAAUAAGCAGCAUAUCCUCAACUUGGUGAAUUUCCCUGAAGGACUUUUACCAGUUAAAUACCUGGGACUGCCACUCACUUCACAAAGGGCAUCAGAGAGGGAUUUUGCACCAUUGAUUGAAACAGUUGAUGAUAAUAUAAGAAGAUGGAAUACUAAGACCUUGACCAUUGCUGGUAGAGCUAAACUUAUUAGGAGUGUUAUCCAAGGAAUACAAGGUUUUUGGCUUCAAGCCUUCCCCAUCCAUAAAUCUGUCCUGAACAGGAUAACCUCCAUCUGCAGAACCUUCCUUUGGGGAAACAAAUUCUACAAAGUGGCUUGGGAUGAUAUUUGCAAACCAAAGGAGGAAGGGGGACUUGGGCUUAGGAACUCUGAAGUUUGGAAUCAAGCAGUCAUGGCUAAAAACCUGUGGAACAUUGCAUUAAGAAAAGAAACCCUCUGGGUUCAGUGGGUUCACAGUGUUUACCUUCACGACAGAGAUAUUUGGACCUGGAUCCCUAAACAUGGGGAUUCACACUUUGAAAUACUGGUAGACGUACAGUUAUGCGUUGGAAAGAUAGAGCUCGAAGAAAUUCGAGACGACGAAGAAACUACCGCGCCGGUUCUGGAACAUGAGCUAGAGGAACAAACUGUUGUACCUCAAAAUGCUCAAGAUACACAAGAACCCCGUAGGUCUAACCGGUUACGCACACAACCUGAAAGGUAUGGAUUCCUCCUAACCUUUGAGGGUGACGUAAUGCUUAUCGACCAGGAUGAGCCGGAGACCUACCUCGAGGCAAUCAGUUGUCCCGAGGCUGAGGAAUGGCGUCAAGCCAUGCAGUCCGAAAUGGAUUCCAUGUACACCAACCAAAAGGUCAGUGGGAGUGCUGUAGUCUUCCUUGCUCUGUAUGUUGAUGACAUACUGCUCAUAGGAAACGAUAUUCCUACUUUGACCACCGUCAAAACGUGGUUGAGUAAGAGUUUCUCUAUGAAGGACUUGGGAGAUGCCAGUUAUGCACUUGGCAUAAGGAUCUAUAGAGAUAGAUCACGGAAGCUGUUAGGUCUCAGUCAAAGCACGAGUCCUUCCAAGACUCAGGGUGCUUCCACUCCGGAGGAAGUAGAACGCAUGAGAAAUGUUCCUUAUGCGUCGGCCAUUGGAUCCAUCAUGUAUGCGAUGGUAUGUACGAGACCUGAUGUCGCCUUUGCUCUGAGUGUCACGAGUAGAUACCAGUCCAACCCUGGCGAAAGCCAUUGGACGGCUGUGAAGAACAUCCUUAAAUACUUCCGCAGGACUAAGGAUGCCAUCCUGGUAUAUGGCGGAAAAGAAGAGCUCAGUAUUGUUGGAUAUACUGAUGCCAGCUUCCAAACUGAUAGAGAUGACUUCAAGUCGCACGCAGGGUAUGUGUUUUGUUUGAAUUGCGGAGCUGUUACCUGGAAGAGUUACAAGCAAGAUACUACCGCUGAUUCCACUACAGAAGCAGAGUACAUGGCUGCAGCCGAGGCAGCCAAGGAAGGUGUGUGGCUCAAGAAUUUUAUUACUGAGCUUGGAGUGGUUCCUAGCAUCAAGAACCCUAUACCGUUGUUUUGCAACGACAAUGGGGCAAUUGCACAAGCGAAAGAACCUCGGUCUCACCAGUAGACCAAACACAUCGUUAGACGUUAUCACAUCAUACGAGAAAUCGUUGCACGUGGGGACGUUGAGAUUUGCAAGAUAGGUACAGACGACAAUAUCGCGGAUCCGUUGACGAAGGCUUUGGGAAAGCCUAAACACGAGAGUCAUACGUGGUCCAUGGGCAUUCGAGAAAUGCUUGAUUGGCCUUAGGGCAAGUGGGAGAUUGUUGUAUUUAGGUGCCCUAGCGGCAAUCAAAUACCUAUGUAACU